AUGAUCUUCAAACUCUCCUGGAUAAAGGGUAAUCCCGCUGCUAGAGGUCUUCGUGCAGCCGUUGGUGCUGCGCAAUUUGAUUCGGAAACCUUGAAGAAAGCAAUUUUUCAGAUCCUGGAAAAGUAUCUUCCUAAGGAAAGGAGGGGAAACAGAUCAGUUGAAGAUGUUCCAUUUCUUUGCGACACAGAUAAGUGUAAAGUGUUCGUGGUGGCAGCCCAAUACGCCGACGGAGCUCCCACUAUUAUCCGGAACUAUACCAGCUCCGAUUCUCCAGAAAAUAUGGAUUUCAAGAUCUUCGAAGCAGCUAUUGCUACUUCUGCGGCCCCGACCUAUUUCUCCCAUUUCUCUAAGCAAAGGGAGGGCAAUACUGAUACGGCCGACUUUGUCGAUGGGGGCAUUGGGUCUAAUAAUCCCAUUCUACAUCUUGAUAUCGAAAGGAAAAAGUUUUUCGGAGAUCGCAAGAUUGGUUAUGUCAUCAGUGUGGGGACGGGAAUUGCCACCACAGCUACAGAGGUCUCAACAAAUCCAGUCUCACUGGCGAAAAAGAUUUUAAGCAUCCUGACGGAUUGCAAAUCGGCUCACACACUUUUCAACCAGCUCAAUCGAGACUAUAAAUAUUUUCGUUUUGCUGCAGAUGGGUUGGAUGGUAUUGCACUUGACGAGUGGUCGGAGUUGCAAAGGAUUAGACAAAUCACCUCAAGUUAUCUCGCGGCUAGUGAAUGGCUUAUCGGCGAUUGUAUAAAGCUUAUGAAGCAAUUAAACGAUCCGAACCAGCUAGGUGAAGUAGAAUCUCUGAACCCCGAGCAAAAAGAUUGUAUGGGUAAACUAUCCUUCCCUCAGAUCGAUAACCGUCAAAUCGAAGCACAAACGGCAGAAAAUACCUUCGAGUGGAUCUGGAAAGCCGAUGGAAAGUUCCGCAAGUGGAUUGAUGGAGCAAAGGGCAACACAUUUUAUAUCACAGGAAAACCAGGCUGUGGAAAAUCGGCACUCAUGAAAAAAAACCCUAAGUCUACUGCAACGCGAUCUGAGUUACAAGAGUUUGGCAGUUGCAAGCCAUUUCUUCAAUGGUAG